GUGAUCGGAGACAGACGUAAUCGAUUCCUAACCAAUCCUAUCGAAUAUCAGUACUUCUGUUCAGUUCAGAAGUCGUGGGUUAAAGACAUUCACGACUACAUCAGGGAAUGUAUGCCUAAAUUCUCGACACAAAAACUAAUGACCAGAAAAUUAGCGAAUCAAAUACAAAUACAGGCAAAUAAGUUAUGCGAUUCACAGACAUUCACUGCUCAGCAAUUGUUUCUAAACAGCUUUUGUUUAAAUAAGGUAAUCAAUGAAUUGCAUAAUUGUAUGGAAGAUAUGAUUGAUUACAUGAGUUUUGUGGAGCACAGGGUUAUGGGAAUCGAGAAGUUAACACAUCUCUGUUGGUAA